AUGUGGGGUCACCCAGAUGCCGGGAAACAGCAUGCCUCGAGCGAUGUCCGUCGAGGCGUCGUGUACCCAAUCUCCGCGCGCCUCGUCUGGGGCGGCGGCUGGCUCCAGCAGAUGGGCUUCAUCGACUUUGCAGGCUCGGCCACCGUCCAUUUGGUCGGGGCCACGAGCGCCGUGGUCGCCACCUGCUUCGUCGGCCCACGCAUUGGGCGCUUCAAGGAGUACCGUGCUUGGCGAGCGCCCUGGAACGUGAUCUUUUUAGAGAAGAACGACGACAAGUACUACCGGGAGCCUGAGGCGCCCGUGGAGAAGAAAGUCUUCGUGCCUUUCCGGCGGUGCAGGCACCCAGUGCAGCUGCUCUUCGGCACCUUCCUCCUGCUCGUGGGAUUCCUGGCCUUCAACCCUGCCUCGACCUUUGCCACCACAGCCGACAAGGACCUCACCGUGGCCUACAGCUCUGUCACAACGCUCUUGGCUUCAGCGGGAGCGGGGGUGGGAGGCAUGCUCUUCUCCGUCGUCGCGGCGCGGGCAGCAGUAGUGCGAGUCCCCGAGCUGACCAAUGCUGUGGUCGGAGGCUUGGUAGCCAGCUGCGCAUGCUGCACGGUCAUCCCCGUUCCGAUAGCUCCGCUGGUGGGUUUCGUGGCCGCCCUGCUGACACUGAGCUUCGAGGAGCUGCUCGCAAGAUUCCAGAUUGACGAUGCCGUUGGCGCUGUCGCUGCUCACGGCCCAAGUGGCGCGUGGGGAACGCUGGCAGUCGCUCUCUUCGCCGAUAAGCACUGCGGCGAUAAUCAUGACUAUUCCGGCAUCUUCUUUGGGGGCGGCGAUGCCGCUUGGCGCCUUUUGGGCGUCCAGGUGCUCGGCAUUUUGGUGCUCAUGGCCAUAUCCCUGACAUCCACCUACGUCCUUGUGAUGUUGGUGGACCUCUUGUUCGGAUUCCGCGUCUCGCGGGCCUGCGAGCUGAUCGGCCUGGACUUCUGGGAGCACCAGUUCGACGAUGGCAGCUUGGAUGCCGGCACUCACAAAGCCACGCUCUAUGGGCUGUCGAAGAUGCGCGAAGAUCUUAGUCGCCGAUCUCGGUACCUGGAGGUUUCCCCGAGGAAGUGGUUCACGCUCCCGAAGGGUCUCUCCGGUUCUUCUGCGCCUGGGAACCUCAGCGAGGCCUCCACUACGGAUGCCGAACAAUUCACGGGGGUUGCCGAGCCGGAAAGAGAAGGCCAGGGUACCUCCUCAGACCGAAAGAUGGAGGAGCUGAUGAGGAAAGUUCAGGUUUUGGAGCACCAGAUCUCUCUGCUCACCGUGGGGGCCUUAAGGAAUGCCCAAUCAGCCGAGCCCGGGACCUUCGAGGACAUCUGCGGCCGGGGCGUGCGAAGCGAGAUCUGCAUUCCGCCCUCGCCCACGGAGCCUAGCGCCAGUGAGCCCAAAGCACAGAAGGUCGUUGAUUAA